AUGGAAUAUCUCUGCCAUACUUUGACCAAAGGUGUUGAUUCUUUUACCGCUAAUAAAGGAAUGUUCAUAGCUCAUAUUGAUAAUUUUUCUUCACAAGAACCAUCAGUAUUUGAUGAUCUUUAUUCAAUAACAACAAAUACACCAAAUGAAAUAACAUCAGCACCAGCUGUUGAUUUAGAAUUAAAUGUACAUAUUCAAAUAGCUAGUGGUUCAUGUAAUCUUUAUACAUGUCGUGAUUUAAUAUCAAAUUCAUCAUUAACAACAAUAAAUUCUUCAAAACAACAACAACAACAACAACAACAACAACAACAGCAACAACAAUCACAAACAAGUAUUGGUUCAAUUGUAAAUAUAAAUAAAAUUGAAUAUCAAGUAUCACAAUUUUCUUUACCGGGUGUUGAUGUUGAUGCACAUUAUAAUUCUAAACAUAAUAAUACAAUAAAUAGUGCAUUAAAUAAACGAGCUAGUUUUUAUUGUCGUGCUAUGAUACAAUCACCAACAACACAAAUAACAAUACAUCCAUUAUUACUUGAUUUUCUUGAACAAACACUUGAACAUGUUACAUUACCAAGUGAACAAGAACGACAAACUAAUUUACAACAAGAACAAAUACAAACAAUUAAUGGACAAAAUUCUACUAAUGAUCAUUUAAAUACGAUGUUUUUAAUUGAAGAUCCAUCAUCAACAACAUCAUUUCCAAUUGAUGUUGUUGUUAGUCUUUUUAUUCAACCAUCAGUUCUUCUUUUUACAUGUUUACCAACUCAUCCAAUGGAAUGUGAACUUCGUUUACCAACAGUUGAUGUUGUAUUUUCAUCAAAACGUGCAUUACCAGAUAAUAUACCAUUGUCAUCAUCAUCAUCAACAACAACAACAACAACUACACUUGAAAAUGAUUCUGAACAAAUUAUUGAAAAUUCUUUAGGUGGUUUAAGUUUUUCACUUUAUAUGAAAGAUUUUAAACUUAAUGUUUAUCAUCCAUUUUCUGGUGAAUCAAAAGUACAUUUAUUUGAAGAUAUACGUUCAGGACAAUUACAAACACGUAAUGCAUUAGCUGUUAGUGUACAAUCAGUUUCAUUUAAUAUAUCACGUACACGUUAUACAUUAAUUGAACGUGAUGGUGAAUUAUUAAAUAGUAUACAAUUAUCUGUUAUUGGACAAAUAUCAAAAGCACAAUUUGAAUAUGAUAUAAGACGUUUUUCAGAAAUUUUAACAUUUCCAAAAAUAUGGUAUAAUCGUUCAUUAGCUCGUCGACUAUUUUUAGGUGAUGAAAAUUUACCAACAAGAAUAUCAUCAUCAAAUACAAUAAUACGACCAAUAGCACCAAUUAUAAUUAAAACAACAACAAAUAAACAAUUACGUAAAGAAGCUCGAGUACUUGUAGCUAUACAAUUAAAAGAAUUACAAAUAUCUAUGCGUAUGUCAAAUGUUAUGGGCAAAGUUGAAUGGAAUACAACAGAUGUUUGUUCAACUGGAAGUUUAACAUUAACAAAUGAAGGACAAAGAUCAAUUUUUUUUUCAUUAGGUCUUCAAAAAUCUAUAUUUCAAGCUGAACAAGGCAUCGUUGGAGGAAUUAUAAAAUUAAAAAAUCUUAGAACUACAGGUCUUAUUCGUCAAGGUCUUCAUGGUCUUGCACUUUUCAAUGAAUCAUCACAUGUAUUUGAUGUUUUAACAAAUGCAAUUGAACUUCGUCUUGAUUAUAUGGGUUCACCAACAUUAAUGGGUCGUAUAUGUCAUAUAUUACUUCGAUUAAAAGAUGAUCAUCAUGGAAUACCUGGUAAUGAAUUAACACCACCAUCAACACUUGUAUUUCUUAAUCUUGAAUGGUCACAAUUACAUUUAAUGAUAACACGUUCAACAACACCUGAUAUAAUAAAAAUGGCUAUGAAAUUAACUGAAUUUUUUAAUGCACAAUUACUUAAUUCAAAAAAUUUAUUAGCAUCAAUUCAAUAUGAUUUUCAUGAUGGUAUUAAACGAAAUAAUAUAGAAAACAAAACUACAAAUGGACAAUCAAAAUAUGAUACAAAUAUAAUUAAACGAUAUAUUGGUAUGCAUGGAGGAGAAUUAAUGUUACAAGGACAUAAUUUAACAUUAGUUGUUUUUCAUGGUUUAAAUUUUAAAUCACGUCAAUGGGCUUUAUUUUCACUUAAUGAACCACAAAUUAAUUUUGUUACUGAUCGAGGAGAGAAAGGAGAUAUUAAUCAAAAAUUAUUUUUCUAUUUGGGUCAUCAAGGACAAACAAUGCCAUCUAGUCUUAAAUCUCGUACAAAUAUGGCUUCUAUAUCUAAAGUUACAAGAAAUAGUAAUGAAGCACCAUCACAUUUAACUAUUAAUGAAUGGUUUAAUUAUGCUAGUUCAACUAUUUCUGCUGUUGGUCUACGUGAUUUUCCAAGUAUGGAUGAUGUUCCAAAUCCAACACCAACAAGUAAAGUACGUUCAAAACAAUUUGAACAAAAUGCUGAGUCAAUAUUUAUUCUUCCCGGUCUGGAAUUAAGUUUUCAAACACGUCAAUUAAAUGAAAUAUAUUGUAGUUUUGAAACAGAAUUUUAUGAACAUAUUAUGUUUACAUUUAAUGCUGAGCAUUUUUAUUUUUUACAUGAUCUUAUUUCAUCUUAUAUUAAAGAAAAAGAAAAAGCUUUAACUGCAACAACAAAUGAUAAACCACGACAACGAUCAACAGCACCAGCACCACCACAGCCAUCAUCAUUGUCGACAACACCUUCAAAUCCAGUUGAUAUUCAAACAUUAACAUCAUUUGAUGAACCUCCAAGCGAUGACAUACGUCGUUUUCAUUGUCCAGAUACGAAAUGGAAAUUACAACCAACAAUAAAACUUCUAACUGCAUAUGGAAAUGAAGUUGAACCAUUUGGUGCUGAUUAUAUUUUACAAAAAUUAGGUUUUCGUCAUGCACGUUUAACAAUACCAAAAUGGCUUCAACGUGGUAUUAUGGAUCCAUGUGAACAAUCGAUGACUGUUGUACAAUUAUUUCUUAUAUUUCUUUUACCUGAACGUUUUAAAGAAAUAUGCAUGCGACAAUAA